AUGGCACGGUGUUUUUUGGGCGCGAGCUUGUUGGUCGUCGUUGAGGCCGAGGCGCGUGAAUGCGGCGUAGUCGGCCGUGCCUCGAACCCGCUGGGGUGCCACCAUGAGGCGACCACAGAUUGCCCAGGUUUGUCUCAAUUGCAAGGCGCAUGUCCAAGCAACUGUCCCUUUGUCGCCCCGCAUUCUUACCUCAGUUGUGUUUUCCAAUGCGCUACCGCCUCUACGUGUUCGACAGCAAAUCCCAAUCUGGCUUUUCCGAACAACGCCACCCAGCUCUGUGAGCCUUGCUCGGUGGUGGGGUGCAAAAGAUGCGCCUCCAAGGACACUUGUGGCGAGUGCUUCGACAACUUUUGGCCGGAGUUCGGCGGGCGCGUGUGUGUGUAUGUGUGGGAUGACCGGGCGAAGAAUGGCAUGAAUGCGGCCUUUGCUUUCAGUUUGCUGCUGAUCUUGAUCCUUUUGGCAGGAGUCUACCUGAUCGAUCGCUGCAACUGCUUCGGGCGCUGCCUGCCGCAAGAGAUCGAAAGCUCGCCCGACGAGCUGGACGAUGAAGAAGAUGAACUGGUGCGGGCUCAGAAUGAGAGCAGCCUACCGAAGGAUCAGCCAGGACAGGAUCAGGAACGGUUAGACUGCGAAAUCACACCGCUGAGCAUCAACCAGGGCAAGCUUCAUCGUCUCAGAUGUAAGGUGAAGAAUCUGGAGCCCCGCUCCACACAGAACCAAGGCAUGAAGCAUUCGCAGAGCCUGCUGGGACACAUGGAGCGCCAGCUUCCCGCGCAGAAUCGCGCCUCCACCCUGCUGGGUCGCUUCAAGAACGUCCCCUUCCGCGUCAACUUGCACCAGAAAUUCUUGGUUGGGGUUGGCCUGCUGAAGGAGCUGCACAGGCUGGUCCUCAAGACCCCAGACCUCAGGCUUGUGAAGGUGGAUGCCUGGUUCAUGAAGAGAGCUUGCGUCCUGGUGAAGAAAAAACUCACUCGCCGCCAGUGGCCGCGUAAUGAUAACUUUCGUGCCCUCAUGGGUGAGGAGGAAGAUGUGGAUGCUCUGGAGAAUGAGGAGGAUGAGGGUGCUGAUGGUGCUGAUCCCAUUGCUCUCACCGAUGGCAAUGCUCCUGAUGAGAGUGGCCAUGUUGCAAAUGGCAGUUCGGCAGGUGAUGCAGUUCACCUGGAAGGUGCAGGCCUGGCAAGGGACCAGAAUGACACCACCCUGCCGGACAUUGUCAAACCUGAUGAUGCUGCUGCCAUUGUUGAGCCCAUGUUCGUGGAGGACUCACAACUGGAUCCGGUCCUUGAUGCGGCCACCGUACGAGAACUUUUCGGUUCUGAUGAGGAAGCCGCCGACCCGGAGCAACCGGUGCAGAACCUUCCCUGUGGCAAAGCAGGUGAUGGCCUGGCAGUGCCAUCUGUGCCGGAUUCUGAGCAGCAUGCCGAAACAGACAAGGCCCCAUUGAAUCUCUCUCCAGGAUGUGAGGGCUUUGGUGCUUUGGAUGAGGAAUCUAUGAAGAAGGCUGCCUCGAAGCUUUUUAAAGAGGAUGAAGAGAUGGACAAGGUCAUCAGGGAGGCCCCUGACUUUGACGAUGCCAACUCAGCUUCAAGACGCACCAAGAGGGAUCAGACUGGGGCUAGUGAAGCGGAGAAGCCCAAGGCACCCAGGAAACGCAAAGCGGCCCAGGGAGCCGAUGCGCCCCAGCUGAGCAAGGAGGCUCAAGAGGUGAGCGAUCCAAAAAUGCCCAUUGCAUCAGAAGGGCCUGAGACAUCCACAGAGUGCAAGGCCAGUCCAGAUCCUGAAGCAUCCAAAAAGCCCAAGCAGCGUCGCAAGUCGGAGAAACCAUCCGAGGAGGAGAAGGCAAAGCCGAAGGUGCCCAAGAAGUCGAAGUGCCCCUCCAAGAGCAAGUCUACUGGGGACAUGCUGGAGCAUGAUCAGCUAAAGGGCAACACGGACAAGGUGGAUGGCAAUGGGAGUGGUGACACGGGUGACAAGACUGGGAGCUCAUCAGCUACCUCACCACCCAUGAAUUCCACCUGGGCUAGGAGAAGGCGUCCGAAGACAGAAGAUGGGGCCUUGAAGUGGGAUACUUUGCGCUCCAUUUUCAUCAGCAACAUUCGUCCAAGCCUGUCGAAGUCUUCUACCCAUGAGGACUUCCAAGGUUUGAAUUAUUUUCAAUCUGAUUUCUUUUGGACCUUUUGCACCAAGCGCUGGGCCAAGAAGGAGAUCAACAGUGACAACAUCUGGGAGGAGGCCCGUGAGGCUGCCACCCAAUACUUGGCUAGCCUAGGUAAGCAGGAUCCUUUUGAUCUCCUGACAGAUGCUGGCUUCGCGUUAGCCCUGGUCACCAUACUGAAUUGCCGUAUGGACGGGGCUCUCGUACUUAUUGGCCUGCUAUGCUCAUCUUUUGUGGCUAUCAACCGUGCCACAAACCGCCGGUUCCCCUUCAGCCCAUUGGGAGAUGUGCAAGUUCGAAGUGUGAGGGAGGGCAAUUCCCUCACAUCCCGGACUUGCCUUCUGAUCUGGGUGAUCCAGGCUAUGGGCUGCAGCUUCAUUCUGGAGCAGCCCAGAUCUUCCAUGUUGAUUUGGCAUCCCCGUAUCAGAGAGGUUCUGAGAUCCAUUCCGAAGGCAUUCUUGGCAUAUUGGUGGAUGCACAAGUUUGGGGGGUUGACAGCGAAACGCCACCUAGCAUUAUCAAAUGCCCCUACUGUGGCUCGCUUGGACCUUGGCAAAAUCUGCAUGAAGCACCAGAAGAAGCUGGCUGCUUCUUCGGCUAAGUCUGCCAUCACUUACCGCUCUAAGUCUGGAAAGACUGCUUUCAAAGGGUCCCGGUUCUUGAAGUCGACGGGGACAUAUCCCCCUGGCUUUGGGCGAUGGAUCCAAAGACUAUAUCCGCGGUUCAUCGCAGAACGAGUUGUGGACUGGAACAUCCCUGAGGAGGUCUUGCGACGCAGUACAGAGUCUUUCUUCAAAUCCCUUAGUUGGGGUGAUUUAUGGGAUGAUGCUGAAUUAGUUUCGGUUCUGCAGUACCUACGUGGCUCCAGUCACCUGCACUUGGGCCAUUGGAGGGACCUCUUUCCCACAGAGAUGUGA